CUGUCUGUCGGAGCUCCUCCUAGUCAUUCAGUAAGGGGCAGGGAUGCAGGACUAUGCCUGGGGCUGGAGCCUGCAGGAAACAGGGCUGGGAGAGGGUCUGCAUGCCCUAGGGUCUGGAGGAGCCUGCCACCUCCCAAAAACUUCUCUGCGCAGGGCUGAAUUCUGGGACUCCUUUCACCUCCCCCUCCAUCUCCUGAAAAGGCCCCUGAAUCCCUCCUUCUCUCUGAAACCCCUUCUCCCUCUGAACCCUUCUCACCAGCUCCCUCCUCCUCCCUAUUCACAAAUACUAGAUAGCACCUCCGUCGUGCCCGACUUUUCCUAUGCAUGAGUUCACUUCAUCCCUGGAAGGAAACUGAGCCUCAGAAAAGGUAGGCAGCUUGCCAGAGGACAGCUAGAGUAGGGGAGGCUGGGUUUGAACUUAGGCAGUCUGUGUCCCAUGGCGGCUGUUAAGAAGCAGUUCCUUGGUGCCCAUUUAAUCAGAUUCCUGUAGGCCUUUUGGGGGUGAGUUGUAUAAGCUCUUUAUAUAUUUUGCAUAUUAACUCCUUAUUGGAUAUAUCAUUUACAAACAUCUUCUCCCAUUUAAGACCCUGUCCACUUAGAGCUUAAAAGCCAGGGGGCAGCCACGGAGGAGGGAAGGCCUCGGGGCACCCCAAGCAAGCAGCAAACUGACCCGAGGGUGAACAGAGGUCAUUGGAGCUGAGUUUUCUGAACUAAAAGUAACUUGGAGUUGAGAGGGGUCUGAAAAAAUUCCAAUCUUAAAUAGCCCCCUGUAUGGGGUCCCCGUUAUGCACCAAGCACUGUGUUCAGGGCUGUGGGGGAGGCCCACAUUCCAAGAUAGGGGGCGGGAGGAUGGAUGAAAAAAUCCUCACCUGCUGCCCAGCCUCCUCCUCAGGAAACUGAGGCUGAUGUCCAAGGUCACCAGCUGGCAAGCGGUGGGGCUGGGAUUUGAAUCCGGGCAGUCUGGCUGGGAAGUUGAGGGAACCCCAUCCUCCUCAUCACUAUGACUCUGCCCCCCAGAAAAAUGAAAAGAUUGUCUGACACACUUAAAAUUCCCACUUAGAUGUAAUUAUUAUGCUUGGAUUUAAUCCUAUGAAAUGCUCCCCCCCAACCUUGGAGCCUUACAGGUGAGUCUGUAUCGGGGCUGUAACUGUAGAGGGGCCAGAAUUGAGUGCUUGCUGGCAUGUGGCAUGGGGAAACAGAGGGUGGGGAGCACGAAAAAGCCCCGUGACAGGUGCACACAAAGGACAGUACUUCCAGCCUCUGGUCAACGCUGAUCGCUGAUCGCCGAUUGGGCACCCAGCUUCACGCUGGCUCAGAGUUUUAGUUUCCACAACAAAGGGUGUAGCAGUCUGGGCUACUUGACCUCUUUCAAAUUCCAAACCCCGUUUGACAAAUGAAAGACAGAAACCCUAGAAAAAUGCAUAGACAUGAAAAAAAUUAUAUAUACUUUCUAUGGGGGGUGGGUGUCCUUCAAUCCCAGGUGCAAGCCUUUGGGAGAUAGUGUGGGGCUCUCUUUAGGCCUUGAGGACAGAGAGACACACAGGUUUAAGUCCUGACUGCCUCCAUGUACUAGCUCUACGACCUUGUUACAGGGCUUUAACCUCUCUGAGCCUUAUUCUUCUUAAUAAUAAAAUGGGUAAUUAGACCCAUCUCACACGCGGUGGUAAGAACCAACCGAGAACCUGCAGGAAGGGCUUUAGCCAGGCCAACACCAUAGUGAGCCAUCAGUAGGCGAGGAGUCCCAGUAUUUAAGGAAAUAUUUCUCCAAGUGUGGCCCACGGACCACGUGGAUCAGAAUCCCACGGGAGAACUCGUUAAACGCAGGGUACUGGGCUUCUUGCCCAGAAAGUCUUUUUCUGCAGGUCUGGUAUGGAAGCAAGGAAUGUACAUUUUAAACUAGUCUCUGCCUUCCAAUUCUGAUGGGAUUAGUCUAAGAAGCACUGUGGCUUUACAAUCUGUACAGCCCAGGUGCUGAAAAGAGACCUGUAAGUUCCCCAUAGCCUGGGAGGAACAGAGAACAGGUGCACGGGUGGCGCCGGGGCCCCUCCACGGGGACGGACAGAUCGCCGGCUACCCUCCCCGUACCCUCCAGUGGGUCUUGGCGUCCCACCGUGCCUCUAACUGCCCCCUCUGAGCGGCGCGACGCCCUCGAGCCAGGCUACCACAGGGGAGGGCGAAAGAAUAGGGCCUCCCGGGCAGUGGGACAGAAAGGAAAGCGAAACUCGCCCAUCCAGAACUUUCGGUUUCGCCGCCUCCGCGCUCCAUCCAGGUGGCUUCGCUAUUCCCUGUCGCGCCGGGGUCCCAGCGGCCGCGCGGCCCAGACCCGGCCACCGGCGCCCUGCGUCCCGGGUGGCCGGCGACCCCUGGCGGAGGGAGGAAGGGAAGGUCCCCGACGGCAGGCCACCGAUGGCGGGGGCCGGGGAUCCCCUGCGCCUCCGCGACUGGCUGGUGGCGCAGAUCGAGAGCGGGCGCUACGCGGGGUUGCGCUGGGAGGACGCAGGCAAGACCCUCUUCCGCAUCCCCUGGAAGCACGCGGCCCGGCAGGGCUACCGGGCGCAGCAGGACGCGGCGCUCUUCAGGGCCUGGGCCAUACACAAGGGCAAGCACCUAGAGGGCAUUGAUAAGGAAGACCCCCCCACCUGGAAGACCCGGCUCCGCUGUGCCCUCAACAAGAGUGCUGACUUCCGGGAGGUGCGCGAGCGCCACCAACUGGACAGCCCCGACCCCUACAAGGUCUACCGGAUCGUGGCCGACCGUGCCGGUGGCCCAGUUGCCAGAGCUCGUGCUCCCCCUGAAAAGAAGAACAUUCUUCGGAGCCAGCAGGAACCCCCUGGAGAAGUGACGGAGCUGGCCUGCAGGACAGACCAGGAUGGGUCCAGAUCAAACACAGAGGAUAAAGACAAGGAGCAACCGCCCAGACUGGCCCAGCAGGGCUCCCUGCCACCCGCUGCCUGGCUCCCAGCCCCUCUGGCUGACCACAGGUACCAUGGACAGGACCCUGCACACCACUGGAGCCCCUUGCCCUCUGAGGACUUCAGCAACCCUGGUAAGGAGUCUCAAGGCCCUCCCAAUUACCAUUAUUUAAUCCGGAGGAAGCACCCACAGUUCCCGAGGCGGGGCCCGGCAGGACCUGGUGUCCCCUGCCCGGUUGAGGGGGUGGUCGGUGCUGGGGCCUCCAACGCCCCGCGCGCUCCCUCUCCCCGCCCCGCAGACUGCUGGCUGCACGUGCGGCUGUUCUACGGCGCCACGCUGGUGCGCGAAGCCACCGCGCGCACUGCCGAGGGCUGCCGCCUGAGCCCUGGGCCGGUCCCAGCGGCCGAGCGCCUGCUGGGGCCGCCACCGCGCGUCGCGCAGGUCCGCUUCCCCGAGCCGCCGCCCGGCGCCCGCGAGCUGCAGCACUUGCUGCGGCACCUGGAGCGGGGCGUGCUGCUGUGGGUGGCGCCCGAGGGCGUGUUCGCCAAGCGCCUGUGCCGGGGCCGCGUAUACUGGCGCGGCCCGCUCGCCCCGCACCGCGCGCGGCCCAACAAGCUGGAGCGCGAGCGCACCUGCCAGCUGCUCGACACGCGCCGCUUCCUCGAGGAAUUGCGUGCCCACCUGCAGGACGGUCGCCAGGAGCCCGAGUACCAAAUCCAUCUGUGCUUUGGCGAGGAGUACCCAGGGCCCCCAGAGCAGCCCGAGGAGCGGCUCAUCAUGGCCCACGUGGAGCCAGUCUUCGCCCGAGAGCUCUUCCUGCGCUCAAAGUGCCACUACCGUGGUGCCCCAGCGGCGGCAGGUGCCCAGCCCAGCAUCUCCGAUGGUGUCACUCCUCUGCUGAUGCAGCUGAGCCAGCAAUAAAGGGUCACUUCCUCCUCUCCUACCAUCCGAAGUCACACCCCCUCCGAGGGUGUGGACCCCCCCCCAGACCUGCCCAAACUGCUGGUGGACUUGGGGCUGCCCCCCACCCAUCGCCCAAGUCCGUGGGGACAGCGGAAGCAGAUCCUCU